AUGCCUGCUGAAGAAGUAUCUCUCGUUUCGGCAAAUCUUGCAGCGGUUUGCAUCGAAAGCUUUCUAUAUGGUAUAUUCUUUGUCUUGUCCAUGUCAUCAGUGUUUCUUUUGAUCGUUCGCCACCGAUCCCAAUAUACGCAAUAUCCGGCCAAGAGCAGAAGGUCAAUCCUCACAUCGCCCAUUUUCGUGGGGACCAUACUUCUCUUUAUCACCGUUACUACUCACUGGAUUAUAACCUUUCUGCGGCUUUUCCAAGCAUUUUUAUUAUAUGAAAGAGGAACAUCACCUUUAUCAUUCUAUGGUGACUUGUCGCAAGCCACAGAGGUUGUCAAAACUGGAUUUGUAAUGGCGACCAUCAGUAUCAGUGAUGCAAUGCUCGUAUGUCAAACGGAUGGUAUCUGUGUCACAUUUACAGAGUUCCCUACACAGAUUUACCGACUAUGGCUGAUUUGGAAUCAUAAACUGUCUGUGAUCAUUUUACCUCUUUUUACUCUUAUGGGCCUCACCGUCUGUGGUGUGGGAGCUACGUACCAGCUUACCCUGUAUCAUAUAGAGAAGAAGCUUUAUAUGUCUCAAGCUGGACGUUGGGUCACUAGUGAUUGUGUUUUCACUUUGUGUACAAAUAUUUACACGAUGAUUGCGUGGAAAGUUUGGAGGACAAAUAAGGCCUCACGGACCCAUGGUUAUACGCAGGGAAGCUUGUUGCCAAUCCUGGCUACAUUAGUGGAAAGUGCUGCCCUUUACACGCUUUGGUCCAUCUUUUUCUUUGCCACAUACCAGUCACACACCAAUUUGCAUUCCACCAUCCUGGAUACAUGGAGUCCAGUGGCUGGAAUUGCAUAUACACUAAUCAAUGUCCGCGUUGGGUUAGGUCACACGCAGUCUUCAAAACAAAUAUCUUUUGCCUCUCAAGAGCCGGCUAUCAUUAGAGGUCAGGUAGGGGGCAACUCCUACUCAAUGCGCCCUAUUGCAGUAAAUAUUACUCGCAUGGAUAAUGGUGGUGAACUUGAUAUGGGCAGAUUUUCCGCUGAGUAUGGACAAGAUAAGGUUGGCAUCAGGGAACCUGUUUGA